GGCGCACUCUCAACCAUCAUGGCCGACAUUCCUAUGCGACAACGCGUCGAAGAGUACAUCUCCAACCUCCAAGAUGAGAUCGUCGACGCACUGGAGAAACUCGACCCGAACGCGCCCAAGUUCAAGCGCGACUCCUGGCUCCGCGCGCAGGGCGGCCGCGGCCUCUCCUGCGUUUUCGCGGUCCCCGUGCCCCCAACUGGCGUCGCGCCGCAGGAGACGGUGCUCGAGAAAGGCGGCGUCAACAUCUCCGUCGUGCAUGGGAUGCUCCCCCCGCCCGCCAUCAAGCAGAUGCGCGCCGACCACUCCUCCAUCCCCGAACUGCAGUCGAGCGUGCCCUUCUUCGCGGCGGGCAUCAGUCUUGUCAUCCACCCGCGCAACCCGCACGCGCCCACAGUGCACGCCAACUACCGCUACUUCGAGAUCACCCAGCCGCCCACCGAGGAGGAGACGGCGGCGGGAAAGCCGGGCAAGCUCAUCGCAUGGUGGUUCGGGGGCGGCUCCGAUCUCACCCCCUCGUACCUCUACGAAGAGGACGCGGUUCACUUCCACCGCACGAUCAAGGAUGCAUGCGACCCGCACGGCGCGGCGGUCUUCCCGACGUUCAAGAAAUGGUGCGACGAGUACUUCUUCAUUCCGCACCGCGGCGAGGCGCGCGGCCUUGGCGGCAUCUUCUUCGACGACCUCUGUGACGAGCCGCACAAACGGUUUAGCGCAGACGACGCGCGCCCGAAGACGCCUGAGGAGAUCUUCGCGUUCCUCAAGGCGGCGGGCAACUCGUUCGUGCCCUCAUACAUCCCGAUCCUCGAGAAACGCAUCCGGACACCGAGCGAUGAGCACGAGCGUCGGUGGCAGCUCGUGCGACGUGGCCGCUACGUGGAGUUCAACCUCGUCUACGACCGUGGGACGAAGUUCGGGCUGAUGACGCCCGGGGCGCGGAUCGAGAGCAUUCUCAUGAGCCUCCCGGAGACGGCGCGGUGGGAAUAUAUGAGCGAGCUGGGAACGGAUCCGGAGUCGCGCGAGGGCAAGUUGAUGGAGGUGCUCAAGACCGCGCGCGACUGGGUAUAAGGCGCUUCGCGCGACAAGGCAGUGUAUUUAUAAUGUACAGUAUAAUGUGCCGGCCUUCUUCUAUAGACAAAGGCGGGCGCAUACAGUCAGCUUCCCCCUGCUCCUCCACUGUGGUUGCGAAUGAACCCCCUGUGGGCCGGCCGGUUAUGCCAUAAUGUCG